UUGGUCUGGCAGCCCAGUAACUGUCAAAUCGCGAAUGAAAUUGAUUUGUUGAUGGUUCUUGCGAGUUGCAUUAUUUAAAUUUUCAAAUAAAAAUAAUGCCAGAAAUCUCACUCGCAUACUGAAAACUCAGUACAAAUUUUACUAUUACAGGAAUAAAAAUAUAAUCAGAAUGGGUGACAGCCAAAACGGCUUCGAGGACAAUGAGAUGCUCCAAGCGUUGUAUGACUUCGAAGCGACGUUGGCGAAAACCUUGAGCUUUACGGAGGGCGAAUUUUUCUAUCUGCAACAACAGAACGUGAAACAGAGAAACUGGUGGCAUGUCGUUAAUAGAAAAGGUCAAGUCGGCUUCGUGCCCUCCAAUUACGUCGCUACAGUCAAGGUGGAGCCGGAGUUUUUUCUUGCGUUCCUUAGUAGCUGCAUUAAAUCUUUGAAUGAGGAUAACGCCAUGUCGGGGCAGAAGCAGGAGUUGUUAGCUAGGUUGAGUGAAAAGAAGAAGCAGCUGCAGAUUUUAACAAGGCCGCAGAACAAGAAGCCUCAAGCGCCCAAGCCUCCACCACGCCUGGAUGAUGCUACACCACCUAACGGUGUCUCACCGUCUUUUGACUUGAGGCCCGUUGUGUCUCAGCAAUAUAUUAGUGAGGAAAAAGACAGUUCUUCACCAAAGUCUGUAGUUGAUAAUGAUGAUAAUAGCAAGAAAUUUAGCAUUACCAAAACCUCCUCGAUCCAGUUAUCCUCAGAUACAGACAACCAAGACGACAGUCAGGACAGCAGCGAGAGCAUCAAACCUAACGCCAUCUAUGACAUAGUGCAGUCUGUCCGUAAGGAGACGCAGCUCAGUCAUGAGAUGUCUAAGGUGGCUGUGGAGACUGUCCUUAUAUCCUUGAGGGAGUUCCUACCAGGUGGCGCUGCGCGUUCAAUCAUCGACGCGCUUCUCCGAGAAGCGAGCAGCAACAUAACAUGCCCCCGUAACGCCAUGGACGCGGCGCCGGACGCCCUGCGCAUGCUGACGGCGCUCAACGCGCUGUCGAAGGCGGCCAACGACGCGCAGCAGCGCGGCUGGGCGCUUCACGACGACGCACACGAUAUACAGACGCAGCUAAUCGAGUUGAUAUCUGUUAUGUCUAACGCGGAUGUGAACAUAUCGCAACACGUACUGAGCAGCCACAAAUACGUAUACGUGACUACUCUGGUGCAGUACUACCAGAUGGAGACGCGAUGGCCGCUCAGACAACUCCUGCUGCAGGCCUUCGGCGUGAUGUGCGGCCUGGAGCGCACCGCGCUGGCCACGCUGGCGCUGUCGCAGCUGCCGCCCGAGAUCGCGCGCGACAUGCGCGACAACCCGCGCGCCGUGAGCCGCCUGUCGCACUCCGCGCUGCUGCUGUCUAUGGUGCUGUCGAUGGCCGACAAGCUGCCCGUCACGCACUUCGAAAUACUCGGGGUAGAAUUCGCCGAAUUCCUCCUACAGCUAAUCGAGAAUCCGCCAGAAACGGACGUGGACGAGCAAAUACCGGAUCUGUUCCUGACGCUGCUCCUGGCCUACAACCUACAGUUCGAUACUCCGGUGGAUAAUCUGCUGCUCAAUGCGCUGGAGAGUCGGGACAAUGCCAAGACUUUUUGUGAGAAGGUGCUGCUGCUACUUAACCGUGAAGACGACCCCGUCCACAUCUUCGACCACGAGCCGGCGCCAGCGCACUCAGUUCUGAAGCUGGUUACCGACCUGUUCUCACGCAAGAAGACCGCUGAACACUUCUACACCAACGACGUCAAAGUGGCCAUCGAUAUCAUUGUGAGGCAGCUAGCUGACUUGUCGCCGGGAGAAACGCGUCGUCAAGAAUACCUAAAGAUCCUCCAAGGCAUCAUCCGCAACACGGACUACGGCUCCCACCUCCACCGACGCGACGAUCUGCUCCGCUGCUUCGCCCGCAUCUUCUGCGAGGAAGGAGACUCCAGCCGGGCCGACCAGGCCCUCGUCAGGGCCAUAUCCAACGAGUUCCCACAAUACUUCAAGGCCUAAGGUUAGUAUCGACACCGGUAUUGAACAUACCUUGAACGGUUACUGCAGGGUCGCGGAGACAGGCCUAGUGUUCCAAUUACGCUUUUAAGACGGACGUGAAUGGUUUUUGCUUCUUUAUCUUCUAGAAUAGCCAAUACAUUCCCAAUGCAUUGAACAUUAGAAACUUAGUAAGGAGUCGCUAGAGCUAGAUAGAAAAUAAUGGCGUUACUUUUGCCAAUUUCAAAUGAGGAAAGUAACUACACUUUUAAUUGUAAUCCCUCUCCUCUAUACUCGAGCGCACUAAAACUUUUUUUCUAUAUGAUGUGUAAGAUAUGUUUAGUCUACUUAAAAGCAAAAAUUAAGGGUAACAUGUCAGAAUGGGGACUAAAAACAUAACCAUUUCUUCUGGGCAAUAAGAGAAGACGUGUUGCGCACGACAAUGGUAGAUGUCUGUUAGCUGAAUUAAUAAAGAAAAAAAAUCCUAAUUAUGUACGUAACUGGUUAACAAUAAUCCAUAUUAUUUAUAAGUACCUAUAUCCUUAGAUACUCGUAAAACGUUCACUAUUACGUACUCUUGUUCGAGUUUUACUUUAUGUUUUAAAAACUAUGCAUGUGGAGAUAGU